CAACAGCAGACCAGCCAACAAGCCUUUUCAGUAUUGUACGCUCUCCAAAUGCCAAAAACGCAAGCGUGCUGUGUCAAAUGCAGGUUUGACGUUACGACACCAGUAACACGGUUCACCGACGCGCCAUCUCCAUUUCGCACCCUAAUUUCCACCAACGGAGUGGCAUCUGCGUCUGAUGAUGACCUCCUUAGUAACUACCUCCAAGGAGUCGAGGCGGACAUCUCCGCCCAGGACGAUAUCAUCCGGCACAUCGAAGCUGCCCUGAAGAAAGCACAGGACGAAAGAAACCGUCUCCGGGGAAUUUUCGACCGCCACGCAGCACUCAGAUCUCCCUUCCGUAGAUUCCCCCCAGAGGUCCUCACGGAGAUCUUCCACUGGGCAAUCGCUGUUCCUCCCCGUCGACCCCCCAAAGACCUAAGAGAACUCAUUGCCAAUCUUUCCAGGAUUGGCGCAGUCUGUCGCUUAUGGAGGGCCGCAGUGUUAUCAAGUCCAUCCCUUUGGGCUAAUCUUAGUUUCUCAUGCAUUGGAAACAAAGACUUGAUGCCCUUGUUACAAACCGUGCUGGAUCGUUCACGCGAGGCCAGUUUGCGCAUCGGAUGGCAUUCUAUGCUUGAUGUGACUGAAGAGGAGGAACGCGUCUGUCUUGAGCGCGUACUUAGCACAAGUCAACGAUGGACACAUGCAUGGAUUGAGCUCUCCGAGAGCAACGAGGACAUCUAUGCACAGAUUCGGGGUCGGCUUCCCAAGCUUGAGCGGUUGGAGCUCUUCGGUGAUUAUUUGGGCGAUGAGGCAGGGAACAGUUCAAUUUUUAGCGCCUUCGAGGAUGCCCCUCAAUUACGAACGCUUGCUCUGGGUCAUGGUACGCUGUUUGUUCAGGAAUUGGCACUUCCUUGGACCCAAAUAACCAGCCUCUAUAUCGAAAGUGUCAUUGAACUUGAUAAUCUCGGCCUUAUGCUCUCCAUGACUCGCAAUCUCCAAUUCCUAAACUUGACCCACCCACAAACCGAUGGCUGCACCGAUCGCUGGGAACCAGGAAACUUGGAAGACAUCGUCACAUGUCCAUCUUUGCGGCGUGUCCACACCUGGGAUGCAGCGUUGCUCCGAGCUUUCACCUUUCCCUCCCUCGAAAAACUUGCCGUCGAAGCUUUGGGGGAGCUUGACUGUCUAGCGGAAGAUCAUAAGAGUGCGGAAGAUAUCUUUCACGAUUUCUUGGACCGCUCCGGUUCCCCCAUAAAAAAGCUGGAACUUGGACUCAUCACCAACCACUUCGAUUUCCGAAGGAUGUUCGAUAAAGCGUUUCGGCUCACACAUUUGGACAUCGUGCUACCCUGUCCGAGUACAGCAGAACAGUUCUUCCGGGCCUUGGUCUUGACGGGAGGUCAUGAUGUCCUUCCUGAGCUGCAGUCUUUGAAAGCAGACUAUGUUGCCAAAGCUUAUGGCAGAAGAAGGGACAUUUCAUUGGACGCUAUUGUUGAUAUGAUUGUAUCUCGACGCUACGUUCCCAGCACCGCUGUGGCUGAGAUACGGUCAGUUCACAUCACAUCCCCAAGGUUCUCAACAAUCAACCGAAUGUCAUUCCGAUCCCGCUUGAGGAACUUCCCAGACUUGUCCGACAUCAUUUUGACUAGACAUGAAAAAGAUAGGUCUUUAAUUUGUAUGGUCCGACCCUCUGGCUGAGACUCAUUGGGCGAUUGGCAUUGUACGCCACGGGCUGCUUUCUCAUUUUGAUGCUCUCUCCAUGCAGCGGCUAAUUUCUCCCGAGUAAUUCUUAGCCGUUGACAGAGCCGGUGCAUAAUAUCAUCAUGCCAUCCGAUCGACAUGCUCUUUCCUCUCCUUCUGCCUGCUGUUUGGGAUAUAUCAAGUGUGUCAGAGCUAUGCGAAGGACUAGGGUCAUCCCUUGUAUACGCUAAUCAUCAAUCGACGACUUCCUGGCUAUAUGAACGCCGUUGUUCAUAACUUCAUAUCGGAGUUCGAAGCCUGAACGAAAAGUGUAUCAACGAGACGCACAUGGUAAAAACAUGUUCACGAUGGCCUCCCUUGCUGGA